CGACUGUCACUUCUAACGUCAAUCUCAAUCCCUUGCUUCAAGGAAGCCUUCGUUACUCUUCAGCAGGCGGAGCAAGUCCGGAAGCAUUGCUAGAUCACAACUCCAAGAGUUAACCCGAGUAGUGGACCAUGCAUGCGACAUCAUGACAAUCACCACCGUCUCACGCAUUACGGCGGAACGUCGACUUCCUACACCUCCUCCAGACGGUCAAGUACGCUCACAGCCACGCGUGUAUCCUGCUCCAGACUUCCCUUUCAAAGGCUGGCAACCGCCGCAAACCGAUGGGUAUCGGCAAAGCGCUGCGAACCCGGCUGAGAACGCCAUCAUCAUUGACAAUGGAGCCAGCACUGUCAAAGCCGGGUUUUCCUUCGAGAAGAAGCCUCGAUUCCUAAUCCCUCCGGUCGUUGCAAAAUUCAAAGACCGCAAGUACAACAAAUACUGCAUGUUUGUAGGUCACGAUGCCUACGCCGAUGCCACGACUCGUGGACAGAUCAGGACGGCUUUUGAGCAGUUUACCAGCAUCCCAACCAACUGGGAUAUUAUGGAAGGCAUAUAUGAUUACAUUUUCCUCAAGCUUGGAGUGGACAAUGAAGGGAGCGUAGGCCGACCACUGGUGGUCACUGAGCCGGUAGCAAACCUGGGCCAUAGCAGGAAGAUGAUGAACGAGAUGCUCUUCGAAUGCUACAAUGCUCCGAGUGUUACAUACGGCGUCGACUCUCUCUUCUCCUAUCGGUACAACAAGGGCACAUCUGGCCUCAUAGUGUCUUCUUCUCAUACGUCGACCCAUAUCAUUCCCGUCCUGGACCGAAAACCUCAGAUGCAAUCCUGCGCAAGACUGAAUUGGGGAGGAGCGCAGGCACAAGAUUACUUGCUAAGGCUCCUUCGUCUGAAAUAUCCAACUUUCCCAGGUAAAAUGACGACCGAGCAGAUGGAGCAAUAUAUCAAGCAAUACUGUUAUCUCUCCAGCGACUUCCCAGCUGAGGUUUCCAACUACCUCGACUGGUCUGGGCUAGAGGAAGAGCGUGACAUCAUCAUCCAAUAUCCGUUCACGGAGCAAGUGGUCAUCGAGAAAUCGGCUGAAGAGCUUGCAAGAAUUGCGGAGCGGAAGAAAGAGUCUGGACGACGACUUCAAGAACAAGCUGCAAAGAUGAGGCUGGAAAAAUUGAUCAGAAAGGAGCAGCAGCUCGAAUAUUAUCAGCAGCUGCACCAAUCCUAUAUUAAUGCUCCUACGAAAAAAGAACAGCGACGAAUUCUGGAUGACGAGGAACUCAAAGACGAAGCAGCAUUGGAGAGAAUCAUCAGGGACCUGGACAAGUCGAUCAAGAAAUCCAGAAACAAAGAUCUAGGAACAGUCGAAGAGGAGGAGAGCCUUGAAGAACAGUUAAACAAGUUCCCUCUUCUGGAUGUCCCUGACGAUCAGCUAGAUGAGGACGGCAUCAAGGAAAAGAGACACCAAAGACUGAUGAAAUCCGGAGUUGAGGCACGAAUUCGCGCAAAGGCGGAGAAAGAGCGUGAGCGAGCUAGAGCGGCGGAAGAAGAGAGACAAGACAUCGACCUGCGUGAAAACAAAUUCGACGACUGGCUUGCUGGCCGUCGUGACCAGCGGGACGCCCUCCUAGCCAAAGUCAAGGAACAAGCCAGAGCAAAAGCCGAUUCUGGUAAUCGAAAAGGCAUUGCUUCCCAGAUGCGAAUGAAGACUCUAGCAAAUCUUGCUUCAGAUGGCCCGAAGAGGAAGCGUCGUGGCGGUGGUGAAUACGAUGAUGACUUUGGCGCAAACGAUGACGACUGGGGAGUCUACCGAACCGUGGCAACCGAGCCUGCAAGCGAUGAUGAAGAGCCAGAAGAAGACCCAAUGGCUGCUUUGAAAGCCGUGGAAAGCGAACUCCUACAGUUCGACCCCGAAUUCUCUGAGAAAGAUACUAUUGAAGCGCAGAACGAUUGGACCAAAAGUGUCCUGCACGCCUUUCUGCGAGGUGCAAGGCCUGCAGACCCCGAAAGUCAGAGAGAGGCGAACCAGAUCCAUCUCAAUGUUGAGAGGAUUCGUGUUCCUGAGGUGGUCUUUCAGCCCGGGAUUGCUGGAGUUGACCAGGCAGGCCUAGUUGAAAUCAUUGAAGGUAUUGUCAUGGGUCGAUUUUCGGACGUUGCGCAACAAAGCGCGCUGCUCAAGGACGUCUUUCUGACUGGUGGUAAUACCAUGUUCACCUCUUUCGAGGAACGACUGAAGCGUGAGCUUAUUGCCAGCGUGCCAACCGACUUCGCCGUCAAUGUUCGCAAGGCGAGUGAUCCUGUCCUUGACGCUUGGAGAGGGGCGGCGAGUUGGUGGAGUUCUGGCGCCAGAACGGAGAGAGAAGCAGCCACAAUUACGCACGCAGAGUAUCUUGAGAAAGGAAGUGAUUACAUCAAGGAGCACGACCUUGGGAACUUCGUCGCGCCAUCAUUCAGCUUCGGAUGAGGGCACUCAACCAGACACCACUCACAGAAAUCUACUGACAGAGAUCGAAGUCGCGCUGUUGGAACCAGAGUACCCGGCGCCAAUUGUGGAACGCCUGGAGUUUGCCUCGGUGUCCUUGUUUCAGGGUCGAACCCCUGGCUUCCGACGUCUGAGAUGAUUGAGAGAGACGAACAGAGCGGGCUGUGACUGACUGCAGAAAGCGCAUGUCAACAACCCCUUACACGAAGAUGCUUCGUGUCAGAAUCCAUCACGGCUUCCGUGU